GCAAGCUCCAGCUCCAUCUCCAUCAAGCUCAUCUACCUUUUUUUUUCUUUCAAAAACAAUAAUAAUUUCGUUCCUCUUUUUUUUUUUUUUUUUCUUUUUCCCUGAAAUCCGCGAGAUGAAGAACAAAGUUAGCCUUCUGGAGUCGAUUUUACUGUUUCUCUCACUCUCAGAGCUAGCUAGCUCCAAAUUUCACGGAAAUCCAGCUCAUGAAAUGGUGAGCAUCUUGAACCGGAACAGAACAUCCCAAAAACUCACCAACCUAAAUGAGAAUCCUGGCCUUGGUUGCAUGGCUCUCCAGUAUGUUGAGUUCUGCGAGGGGAAUUGCAAUGUCAACAACACUCUCGGCUGCGAACCCCCUGAAGACGACUUCACUCAGGUUUUUGCCCCAAACUGUGGUGUAGAACUUCCCACUUUUGGAGCCAUAACAGGCCAUAUCCUCGGCUGCAGCUCUAAGUAUGUAGCACCAGAAGUCGCUUUCUCAGACAUUCUCUUCAGAGAUAACAAAACCUUGUCGGUGCUUAGAAAUAGGUCGCACACCGAGGUUGGAGUGGGAGUGGCUAGGUUGCAUAAAGGUACCUUCUUUUGGUGCCUUCUCUUUAGCGAUGGUGGGACAAACUCCUCCUUUGCUCUGGAAGAUAACGGCCGGGGCAUCAAACAAAGAAGAGGCUGCUACAGCGGAAGUGCUUUUCCUUGUAGCAAUGCACACAUGAUUUGCAUGCGCCUUCUCAACAGCUUUCUGGGAAUUCUCUUGUCUUCCUCCUGUCUAUUUAAGCAACACCUUACGAGUUGAUUCUCAAAGGCAAACCAUUGCUUGUUGUUUGGAAGGACUAAAGAAUAUGGCACAUUUUGUGUUAAUGAAGCACCAAAUCAAUGUUUUCCUUUA